CGUUUAUACAUACAUAUAUGUAUACAAAUAUGCCUUGUUUUCACCGAACUACGUUAGUAUGCAUACAUAUAAGUAUCAUGUCGCGUGUUAACGAUUUUAGGUUCUGACGUUCAUUUUUCAACGCUAUGUAAAUUUACAUUUUUUAAUCUUAAAUAUAUAUCUUUAUUUUGCUUUUAUACAUAUUAUUUGUGAACAUUCUUGUUAAAUCGCAGAUACUUGUUUAUGUUUAAUUAUUAUUUUGCAAAAAGAGGUUACGAACGAACUAUUCUGUUAUAUUUUUCUAAAGGUAAUAAUGUCUGUCACUCUGCAAAGAUAUAUUCCAUUGUUCAAAUGGAAUGUUCCGAAAUAUUUUGUUGACACUGUAUAUAUUAGAAACAACACUUUACUACCCGCAUCUAAAAUACAUCACUUACGUUAUAAAACAAACAUACCAUGCUUGGAAUACUUAAGAUCAAACAGCGCCAAUGUACGAACGAUGUAUUCGGUGACUGAACCCACAUUUUUAUCGAAUAAAGAUGAAAGUCGUGAAUUAAUGGCUAUAUGGCCGGAUGUUGUACGAGAUCUUACCGAUGCUGGUCGUCAUCUUGAUAUACCAGAUGUUACCAAAUGGUUGGCGAAGGUAUUACAGUAUAAUGUUCCUGUAGGAAGAAAGAACAGAGCAUUAUCAGUUGUGUAUGCCUUCAAAUCGUUUGCUUCUGAUGAUCAAUUGACAGAAGAAAAUAUUCGUCUAUCCCGAAUUCUAGGCUGGUGUAUAGAAUUGUUGCAAGCAUUUUUAUUGGUGAUUGAUGAUAUUCAAGAUCAAUCAACGAUGAGGCGCAAUGCACCAUGCUGGUACUUAAACAAUGAUACUGGAUUAGCAGCUAUAAAUGAUGGUAUAAUGUUGGAAAUGUGCAUAUAUCAAUUACUUAGAAAACACUUCAGGUCAAAAGAUUGUUAUGUGAGCCUUAUGGAAUUAUUUUUAGAUGCUGGCAUAAAAGAUCCAGAAAUGUAUAGGCAAGCAAAAACAAUUUUGCUAGAAAUGGGUCACUUUUUCCAAGUGCAAGAUGAUUAUAUGAAUUGUUAUGGAAGCACAGAAGCUACUGGGAAAACUGGUUCAGAUAUAGAGGCGGGAAAAUGUUCAUGGCUUGUUGUGGUAGCGCUACAACGUGUUACACCAGAACAAAGAAAAAUUUUAGAGCACUGUUAUGGUCAGUCUGAUAUAGAAAAAUCGAAUCACGUGAAACAGCUUUACGAUGAAUUAGGUUUACCAAAUACUUAUGCUAUCUACGAAGAAGAAACGUACAAUCUACUAAUGACGCACAUACAACAAAUAUCACGUGGACUUCCACAUGAUUAUUUCCUAAAAUUACUUGAAAGAGCAUGCCGCAGGGUGGCUAGAAAAGAUUAAUUAUAUUCUUGAAAACAAUAGAUCAAACCACUACUACAGUUUAAGAGAGAACAUAUGUAUAACGUGCUUCCUUCUAUCUGUGAGUUUAUUCUAAGAAUUAACCAUUUAACGAACAAGUAACAGCCGUAUUAUAUUUUUAAUAAUUAAAAGCAAUUCUACAAUAAUGUUGAACUUAUAAAGGAAAAGACAGCAAUCUGUUGUAACGGUUAUUAAACAUUGAAUACCUAUAGUAGUAAAUAAUGAAGUAAUAAAAAAAUGUUCAUUGCGUAUUAAACAAAUUUGUAUGGUAUGUACAUAUAUGUAUAUUUUCUUACAGAAAUUUUAUUUCUUUUUUGUAAAGGGAUCUUUAUAAACUCAAUGUUCUUGUUUACAUUUUUAAUAAAUUGUUCAAUGAACUUUUUUAGAUAAUCUUUUUAUACUUUUUUUACGUCCAAAUGGUUGAGCUCUUUUUAUAUUAUUUCGAAUUUUUGAACGCAUAAUUUGUUUCAAUUCAUAUCUGAGAUUUUUAAAUGUAUCAUCAGGCACGUAUUCUUUGGAGAAAAAAUUUACAGCUUCUGAAAUAUUGCUGUAGAUUAAUAUUUAUACAUAAAUACUUAUCUCACGAGGAGAACUAUCCAAGUGUUACGCUCACUUAUUAAUGAAACUCUGCUACCUUGUAGAGCUUCUCGAGUUGAACACACCUAUACCCUUUUUUAUGGGAGACGGCUAAUUAUUUAAAAGAUAUUAACAAUUUAAAGUUAGUUACUUCGUACAUGUUGAAGUAUAACAAACUCACACAUAGGAACGAUGAGCCCUGUGAUUAAUCACGUGACUUGAAAUCGAAAAGCCUACGGUUCAAAUCCUUGAAUCCGUUCCUAUCUUUUUUUUUAAAAUGAUAGUUUGUUCCUUUUUGAAUAUCAAUUACAGCUGUGCUAUAGUCAUUGCAUUUAUUAAUAAUCCAUUACUUACGCUGCAAUUUUUAUAGAAUUUAAAUUAUGUUUUCUAUUCAGUACAUAUAUUAACAUCGUUACAGCAUCGUAAAUUUAGACGCCCUUGUUUGUCAUUACAGACAAUUAUUUUUUACAAUUUCAGUUUUGAUCUUAUUUAAUCAUGUUGUAUACAAAUUUGCUGAACAUAAAAUAAUCUUCUGUCCUGUAUUCUAUCCUUGGCCGCCUACAUCCAUAUGUAAGUAGAUAUUGAUUUGUUUACUAACGAUAAUGGCUGUAUCAACGCAAACCAUUGUAUGGCACAAAAUUAUAAAAAUGUAAAAAAAGAAGUGGUGACAAGUGCAAUUUCCUUUUCUCUAAGUUUACUAAAAGAUGAAGAUUUAAUACUACCGUCAGAAGAAAUCACAGAAGAUAUCAAAGGAGAAUCCAAAGCAAUAGGACAGAAAUUAUAUUCAUAUUUUGUACAAAUUAGUGGUACAUUAGAAUGCAUAAGCGAAGAAAAUCGUGAAGAUGGAAUAAAUAUUAGCGUGUGUAAAUUUACGAUGCCGUAACAAUGUUAAUGUACCUACUGGAUAGAAAACAUAAUUUAAAUUCUAUAAGAAUUGCAGUGCAAGUAAUGGAUUAUUAAUAAAUGUAAUGACUAUAA